UUUGAGCGUAGCCGUGUGAGGGGGGCAGAAAAGUGAGCUCACUUUAUUACAGUCAGAGAAUAAAGCUGGAAAUGACCCCGUGCUGAGGGACAAAGAUCACUCCGAGUUGCUGCAUCAGUAUGGAGGACAGCAGUGGUGUUGCAGUCCUGGUCCCCCACCCCAGAGGUCAGCAGGAAACUGUAUUUGUACCUGAUCCGCACUUUCACGAUGACCAGAAUCAGCACAAGCAAGCUGCAGACUCGCUCAUCCAGGUGAUCGAGAAGCUCAGUAAAAUCGUAGAGAAGCGGCCAAGACGGUGCACACUACCUGGGAAGAAGAGGCCCUCACUGACUUGCGCCUCAGUGACUGUUGCAGACAGCAGAGAGGGAAGGGGUGGAGCUUCACCCUGCAAGAUGUUGAGGGAGCAGGAUGAGGAGGGCCACACCCGCAGCUGCGCCCCAGGGCCUGCUGUAGGGCCCAAUGUUGGAGGCCCCCGGACAGUUACCUGCUACCAGUGCAGCCUAUGCCGCUUCUUAUCCCCCACAUUGAGCUCCCUGAAGGAGCACCUCAAGCAGCACGACGAGCACCACAGUGACCUCAUCCUUAUGUGCUCAGAGUGCCGUUUCACAUCCAGCCAGCAGGAGGAGCUGGAAGCGCAUGUCAGGCUUCACUUUGAGCAAGGGGCUCGGUCAAGGGAAAGCUUGCGGGGUCAGACAGGGUUUUCCACCACAAAAUCUGAAACGGAAUCUCAGAAAAUACCAGCUGCGCCUAAAAAGUGGUACAGUUAUGAGCAUGGAAGGUAUCGCUGUCUGAUCUGCAGCUAUGAGUGUAGGCAGCAGCGUAACCUGAAAACGCACGCCUGGAAGCAUGCUGGCUUAGUGGACUGCUCAUACCCUAUAUUUGAAGAUGAGGGUGACCAUUGUGUGGUUAAUCCUGUACCAACCCUCAGCAGCAGCCCUUCCUUAGCUCAUAGUAAGGAAGAGGAGGCUAUAGUGGUCCUCACACCUGUAGGACACAAAGGCCAGGUUCUGCAGAGCAGCACCUCCAUUCAGCUGGAGCUUUGUGCACCAGAAGAAGUGAAAUGCAAUAAAGUUAUUGCAGGAGGGGCUGAAGAACUUGAGAGCCCUGUCGGUAAUGUUUUUUCUGUCCAAGGACCUGAUCCUCAGGAGCCCUUGGUGGAAGUUCAGUUGACUCCGGAAGCACAGAUGGAACUGGAGCUGGAGCUAGAGACAGAGAGCCAGCAGAUGAGCUCAGACAGCCUUCUUUCAUCAGCACAGAAGAUACUCAGUUGUAGCAGCAAUGGCUCUGGCCACGUCAACGUCAUUGUAGAAAGGCUGCCCUGUGCCCAGGAACCAGUAGCAAGCAAAUCUCUUCUCCUGAGCCCAGAGGUAGCUGGAGACAAGACCCUGCUUGCUUCCAAAGAACCAGGGCUAGAAAACCAGCCUCAUACUCUCUACUACGAGGAGCAGGAGGAGGUCGUGAUUGGCUGGAGCAGUGGAAACACGCAGCAUGAAACAGAGAAAGGAGCGUCUGGUGAUUCACCCCCAGAUGAGAACAUGCCUCCAGCCCGAAGGCGGACACACUCGGAGUGUUUGAGACUCCACUCUUUGGCAGCAGAAGCCCUUGUUGCCAUGCCCACGAGAGCGCUAGAGCUAAGCAAGUCCACUGUUAAGGGAAUGGUUGGUCUUGGCGCACAGAUCCCAGACACAGGCCAAAGAAUCAUCGAGCUGUCCACAGCUUCUGCUUCCACAGUCCACUCAAAGAAUCCUUCAGGAUCCAUCCCAGGUCCAGCCACUCUGCUGAAUCUUGGCCUAAGUGGGGUCCCGCAGGGUUCCAAGCAAGAAGUCCUGGUUGAGGGACCUUCCAAAGCAGGAAUUAGCAUGUCUCUGCUGACUGUCAUUGAGCGGCUACGUGAGAGGUCAGACCAGAAUGCCUCAGAUGAGGAUAUCCUAAAGGAGCUGCAGGACAAUGCACAAAGUCAGCAUGGUGGAACGGGUACAGGGGUGGUAGUGGGGUCAGGGGACCCCUCUAUCCCAGAGGGCAGCUUGGUAGAGUAUAUCGCCGGGAGCGAAAAGCCGUACCGCUGCCGACUGUGCCUCUACAGCAGUGGGAACAAGGGCUACAUCAAGCAGCACCUGCGUGUCCACAGGCAAAGGCAGCCCUACCAGUGUCCAAUUUGCGAGCAUAUCGCCAGCGACAGCAAGGACUUGGAGAGCCACAUGAUAAACCACUGCAAGACCCGGAUGUACCCCUGCAAGCACUGUAGUGAAACGUUCCAUUAUAAGAGUCAGCUGAGGAACCACGAGAGAGAGCAGCACGGGAUGGGUGACACUUCAACAGCCCUGACGGCUGUCAGCGAAACCGCAGCAAGCACAGACGAGUCUGAGAAGAUGACAGAAGAGGCAGACACAGCCAGUGAUCAAAAAGUGUAUAAAUGUGACGUAUGUGACUAUACCAGCUCCACCUACGUUGGGGUACGGAACCAUCGCAGGAUUCACAAUUCUGACAAGCCCUACAGGUGCUGCAGCUGUGACUUCGCCACUACAAACAUGAACAGCCUGAAGAGCCACAUGAAGCGGCACCCGCAGGAGCACCAGGCUGUGCAGCUGCUGGAGCAGUACAGGUGCUCUCUGUGUGGCUACGUGUGCAGUCAUCCUCCAUCCCUCAAGUCCCACAUGUGGAAGCACGCUGGAGAUCAGAACUACAACUAUGAACAAGUGAACAAGGCCAUCAACGAGGCCAUCUCCCAGAGCAGCCGGUCUCCGAUUGUGCCUCCUAAUGUUAUCCUGGGCAGGAAAGAGAAGACGCCACCCAAUGUGCCUGCUGCUGCAGCAAGUACUCUAGGAGAUGGUUGGAGAGCCAACCCUGGGGAACAGGCCCUGGGGGCUGCUGGGCGGAAGGGGGGCAUGGGGCAGGUGCGCACAGGUAUGGAGUACUGCAUGCUGCUCUUCUGCUGCUGCAUCUGCGGCUUUGAAUCCACCAGCAAAGAGCAACUGAUGGAGCACAUGAAGGAGCAUGAGGGAGACAUCAUCAGUAUCAUACUGAGCAAGGAACAGCAGGGAAGCCAGCCAGCAGAGGCUAGCACAGUGCAGUGAGAAAAAGGAGUGCACACGCAUACAUGUUCACUCCCAGUCUUUUAAAGCUCUUAAAGAGCCAGUGACUUUUUGCACACGAGUUUUUGUGUUUUUUGGCCUGUGUGUACACACACACCACAAUAUUUGCUUCACAGUUGACAUGCACAGCUACGAAAAGAUUCAGUGUCCCAUUUUUUUUUUUAAAUAAACCUUUAUGUCUUUUCUUUUUUUAAAGCUUUAUUUAAUGAUUUUCCCAGUGCAGCAGUUCAGUUUCCUUCAGUUUGCUGGGAUAAACUUUUAAUUCAGGAAGAUCCAAAGCUUAUCCAGAAGGGCGUCAGACUGAAUAAAAAAAAAAGUGUGGCAGAGACGUUCAGUCACUUAGUGAAACGUGUAUUUGGGUAUUUCUGAAAGGUGUUUCAUACCUCAAGUCAAACUUGUUAUACAUAGUAUAUAUGGUAAGAUUUAGAGUUAAUCGUACACAGGGCAGCUUCUAAUUCACUGAGUUGUUGUUGUUGUUGUUGUUGUUGUUUUUAUUAUUAUUAUUAUUACUAAUAAUAAUCAGUACAUUGCUUAUGCUACCUUGGUGGGUAGUUGUCUUCAUGGAAAGGUUUGAAAGGAGAAGGCAGAUUUGGGUUUUUGCCUUCUUGCUUGUGUUGUUGUAUGUGUGAAUAUUUAUAUAGCUUAUUUAUAUGUUUUUUUUGCAUGUAUCCUUCCGUUAUGUUGAUGCAAAGGAGGCAGUUUCUUUCAGAUGCCGUUCUUUGGUGCUACUGACCCUUUCUUUAGCUCAGCUGGGACUGAAGGAAGGGUCAUUUCGGGAAUGUAUCUUAAACCUAUAGAUAAGCCAGUGUAGUGUAUGUUUAUCCGCUACAGUUGAAAAGCACAAGAUAAAUUCUAAAACAUUCUAAUGGUAACUGGUCCAAUAAUCAGGUAGUAAAAAUGGAAGAUUCUUCAUCCAAGAUCUGAUACUGCAGCAUAAGCCAGUGUGUCUUACAUCUUACAUCAGCUGUGAGGGGUUACCACUAUAACGUUAAAGGGGAAGUUCAAUACAAAAUGUUUUGAGUGUUUCUGACAUCUGUUAAGAUGGUCCUGUCUGAUCUGGCUUGUAUUAUGAAUGUAAGCUUUCCAUUCAUGCCCAGUUAAUUCAAAUCCCUAUUGUGAUUCUGAAAACAUGCCAGUGUACAGUUUGUGUAGCUCUCGACUGUUAUUAAUGUUGAUAACCCUAAACUUUCUAGAUUGUCUGUGAAUAGAGAUGCAGGCUAAUAUCAGAAUCAUAUUGAUGAUGCAAAUAAUUGCUUUAAAAUUAGUAGUAGCAAAGUAAACAUUUUGUCGAACAUCAGUUUGAAAUUUAAGCAUUUGUCCAAAAUUUCAAAGCAAUAUUUGACAUUUAUUGUACAGGCAAAGCUGGGCUGUUAGGCUAAAAUGACUGCAUUUCAUUUCUUAUUUUACUGCAUUUGUAACCUUCUACAAGUAUUUGGCAUUUCUCCAUAAUGCUAAUUCAAGUGAGCUUCGUCCCAAUUUCUAAGUUUUGUGUUUGUCAACAUAGAUAUCAGCAGAAAAGCAAGUAGUUCCCUUGCAAGUUCAUCCUUAUUUAACAUGAUAAUAUUAAUUUCCCAUGAAUGCUGCAUGUUAUUAAAACUCAUGUAGUUUCUCUGGAAGGAGGAUGAGUUUUCAGGUUAAUAGAUCUCUGAAAACAGUAUAAAAUGCACAUGGUAAAUGGAAGCAGUAUUUCAGUGAAAAAGCUCUUUACUAGGUAGCUUGACAGGCCAGCAGUAAACACAACCUUGUCCUUUCAUUGUUUUGGCCUGACAUUCAGCAGUUGUUCCCACAUUGACAUGAAAACUGCACCCCAUUAACAUUUUGUAACAUUUAUGUGACUGGUGAGUUUGAAAAAUACAUAAGUUAAAAUAAUGCCAUGCAUACAGGAAAUUGACCCUCUUAAAAUCAUCUUUCAUGUCAAACAUACAGAACAUGUUGUACAGCUGACAUACUGGCAGUUUUAUCAAAUUUGAUUUCAAAGGAAGUUUAUUACCUAUAGACCCGUAUGCCUCCAUUCUAGCCUCCAGUUUCCAGCUGUUGUAUAAAAUGAUUAAAUAUAGCCUCAGUCAUUGUAAGAAAUGUCAAUGGUGACUGACCUCAUGUUAUAACAGUAAAAAUAAUACUAAUUCAGAGUGAUGAUAAUAGGUAAAAAGACCAGCUUUGCCCUUUAUUGGAGUGUUGAAUGGAAAGAGUGCUGAAGUGGAAUCUAAAAGAUGAAAUCUGACCAUGGAAUAACCCUGGAAUAGCAGGGUUACUCUGAGCUGCUUAGUAAAUAUGGCUCAAGCAUUUAUAGUAUGAGCAAAAUGGCUAUCCAAAGUUAAAAAGAACCGUGUUGAGAGGUAAAAGGACCAUUUGCUAUUUUUUAGAAACUUCUCCUUUAAUUGCUAUUGUGGGAUUUGGUGAUGAAAUAUAAGCUGAAUUUUGAAUAUUUCUGUUUCUUUGGUAAGAUUCGAUUUCUGUUCAAACUCGCUUGAAAUCUGUUUCAAUACAGAAACCUCCUUCUCACGUUUUAGUCCAGUUUCGUUUACAUUUAGAAAACCGUUAUUGCUAGAAUUGCAAAAAAAAUGCAUCAAGUAAUUAUUUAUUCAUAAAAUUAUUGCUGUAUAGUUGCUCUACCAUUGAAAUAUUGAUGGCUACCUCCAGUCAAAAUGUUCCCAAAUUCUAUUGGCCUUAACUUUAGCAUGUGUUCUACAUUGCUGCUUCAAAUGCAGAACAUUUACCAAGGGAUGAUUUGCAUGCUCUUACCGCUGUGUCAGUUAGAAAUGCAAAAUUAUGAGCAUAAAAUGAAAUCCAUUAUUCAUGUGUCUUGAGAUUGCGUUCAUGCGGCACCAUGUAUCACAAAAGGUAAAUCUUUUUGUUCUACGAAGGAAAAUGUCAUUAUCAUACCAGAUUGUUAUUGUCUUGGCCUGAUUUACAAUUUAAACUGCAAGUGUCAGGAACUUGGUGACAUGGUCUGAAUUGGAAAUGUGAAAUCAUUGUACUCCAUUGUGCAUUUUAACUGGAGUAUCCAGAGGCAUUUGUCACAUUUGGAAUUGCCUUUUCCACUUUUAUCAAAUAUUUUGACACACAGACGUCCAAUCAAAUUAUUUUUUUUCUGCAGACGCAGUCAGAUGUGAGUAGUUUUUGAAUGUGUUCUAAAUGCAUAUUAUAAGGACUACAAAACAGCAGUGUUUGCAGCAUAUGACUUUUAUAUACAGUACUGUGUAAAAGUUGGAACAGACCAUUAUUUAUUUAAAUUAAAAGUAGUUUAUCUUCGUGUGUGUGUGUGUGUGUGUGUGUGUGUGUGUGUAUGG